ACUUAGGCCAUGUUCGAGACGUGGGUUUACAAAACAGAGGAAAAGAAGCAUGCAUAGGUAUGGGAUGGAGUGCAAACUGAAACCUACAGGCUUACAAAAAGAGGAAUGGAAACUCGAUGGAGUGUUCUGAACAAAGAAAAAAGAAAUUGGAAUCUGCACACUUCUCUAGGAAACAUAACUAGCCGUCAUGUGCCUGGGCAUUGUAUUCUUGCCGUUGAUUUGUCUAGUCGUUGCUUCUUCUUUCUCUUGCUAUAUAAACGCACACAAUGCACUACCAGCCACUUGCUUGUCAUUGUCAUCUCUUCUCCUCUCUUGUAAGAACUUCUCUAGGAACCCAUAGUCCAGUCUUGUAGCAGCAAUCCAUACAUUCCUCUAACCCCAGAAUUCAUUCAUUCCUGAAGCUCAAUGAAUCAAAACUACAGCCGGCGGUCGAGAAACGAAGAUGAUUUUGUACAUUUCAUAUUCCCUACAUUACAAGGUAGCUCAUCCCAAUCAUCUGAGAGGAGAGCAAUACAUACAUCCAUCCUGAAUGGAGUUACUUAUGUGUAUGAAGCUCUUACCGGCCACGAGGUUCUAUGUGAAUGGCGGUUUCAUAUGGAGAGAUCAAUCUUUCAAGUUUUAGUGCAACAACUGUAUGAAAAGCACCUUCUCCAGGAUGCAAGGUAUAUCUCUUUGCAAGAGCAAGUAGCCAUAUCUUUAUAUGCAAUAUCAAAGAAUGCAACCAACAGAACAUUGCAAGACAGAUUCCAGUACGGUGCGGAUUCAGUUAGUACUUAUUUCCAUGCCGUGCUCAACGCGAUUACUCGACUCACAUGCAACUUCAUACAACCUUCUAUAUACCAGCAUCCCAUAUUAAGGCAACCAAAGUUUUUAUACUUCAGAACUAUAUUGGAGCUAUUGAUGGUACUCACUUUCCCAUGACUAUUCCUCCUGGGCAACAAGAUCCAUACAGAAAUAAAAAACAAGGUCUUUCACAAAAUGUAAUGGUUGCAUGUGACUUUGACAUGAAGUUUGUGCAUGUACAUGCUGGAUGGGAAGGAUCUGCAUCAUCAGAUGCAAGGGUUUUGCAAGAUGCACUAGACCAUGGAUUCAAUGUACCACCUGGAAAUUUUUAUCUUGUAGAUGCGGGUUAUGCAAAUACACCCCAAUUCAUUGCUCCAUACCAAGGAACUAGAUAUCAUUUACGAAAGCAAGGAAGAGUUCAUCAAAGGCCACAAUGCUACAAGGAGUUAUUUAACCUUCGACAUGCUCAACUACGAGAUCAUGUCGAAAGAAUUAUUGGCAUAUUGAAAGCAAGGUAUCCCAUACUAAAGGCAGCUACAAUGUUUGAUAUUGACACACAAGUUGAUAUUGUAGUAGCUUGUUGUGUAUUGCACAAUUUCAUAAGGCUCCAUAAUGGAGAUAUGACACUGCCUGACAGAGCUACAACGGAUACUAAUGAAAGCACUAUGAAAGAUGUACCAGGUGGUGAUGCCAAAUACAAAAAAGAUGUGAUUUUAUUUAACAACUUGAGACAAGCUGGAAAUGAGAUGCGAGAUGCCAUGGCAAUGCAAAUGUGGGCAGAUUACAUUGCUAGAAGAUAAGCAUAUGUAUUGUGUAUUUUUCUCUUAAGUUAUGUAAUUAUUUGGUUGUAUUGUACUCCACUCACUUAAUAAUAUGAUUAUUUUAGCCAAACA